AUGAGAAAAAAGAAAAGAGGGUUAAUUAAGUUACUAAGAACAGAGAAAAUAGGGCAAUCACACGUUACUUUUAAUACAACCAAGCCAGAGACCAAGCUCACGCAACUAUCAGUUUUGCUUAUUGUUCUAUUCAGUGAUUUUGAGACAGAAAGUCAAGCAUUUGAUCGCAUUGCAGAAAUGUAUGAGAACCAACUUGCUAAAGAAAAUCCCAACGUAGGACAAAUUCAAUACAGAGCUGAAGACUUGUUUCGAUUUAUUGAUUCACACAAAGAGUUUGUUGCGCUCGUUUUUGAUCCAAGAACAUCUACAUAUCGACCUCAUGAUAAAGACUGGAUCAAGGAUCGUUUGAUCGCACAUUUUAGCAGACAGCAAGCGAGUGCCCCACCAGGCCAACCUCGUCGCAAUAACAGACGUUAUCACUAA